AUGGCUAAGGCAAUAGCAGAGGUAUUUGUUGAAUCGAAUCAUCGUUUAUGUGUAUGGCAUAUUUAUCAAAAUGCUGCUAUGAAACUAAGUCAUGUAUUUCAUUCAUCAAAGCACUUUGCAACUGAUUUGAGCACUUGUAUGUAUGAUUAUGAAGAUGAAGAUGAAUGGCUAGUUGCAUGGAAUAAUAUGCUUGAGAAAUAUGAUCUUACUAAUAAUAAAUGGUUGUGUGGGAUAUUUGAUCUAAAAGAAAAAUGGGCCAUGGUAUAUGGUCGACAUAUGUUUACUGCUGAUAUGAAAAGCACCCAACGUAGUGAGUCAAUGAACAAUGUGUUGAAAAAAUACUUGAAAUCGAAAUAUAAUUUUUUGCCUUUUUUGGAACAUUACUCUAGAGUCUUGGUUGAUAGAAGACGUCAAGAACUACAAGCCGAGUUCAAAAUGAGGCAGACAACACCAGUUUUACAACUUGAUGUGGAGAUGUUGAGACAUGCUGUAAAGUUGUACACCCCAAAAAUGUUUAAAAUGUUUCAAGAUGAAUAUAUGAAGAUGGGGGAUUGUACAAUUUUCAAGGUUAGUAAAUCUGAUACUAUCAUUGAAUACAAAGUUAAAUAUAGGCAAAAAACUCAAGAGCACCUUGUUAAAUAUGAAGCCUCAACAACUAAUGUUCAGUGUAGUUGCAUGAAGUUCAGUUUUGUAGGAAUUCUUUGUGUCCAUGCUUUGAAGGUUCUUGACAAAAAAAACAUUCAGAUACUUCCAACUCAUUAUAUAUUGAAAAGAUGGACACAAGAUGCAAAACUUGGUUCUAUCAAGAACUAUCAUGGUGUUGAUAUUAAAGGUAAUGCUCAAGAGUCAUUGGGAAAGCGUUACUCUCAUUUAUGUCACAAUUUUCGUGAAGUUUCCAUACUUGCAGCAGAAUCUGAGAUUAUGUAUGAUUAUGCCAAAAAAUGUUCUGAAACAUUAUUGAAGGAUUUGCAAGAAAUGAGGAAAAAAUGUUAUUCCCUUAGCAUGGAGGAUCAUUCAAAGGUCCAUGAUGAAGUUGUUCUUGAGGAUGCCAAUUCCUCAUUUGACAUUAAUUCUCUUGAAGAAAAUAGUAAUGUUGAACAAGUUUCACAGUUGGUGGAUAAUUUCACUCAGGAAUCUGUCUUUUGUAGUCAUUUGGUUGGACAAGACUAUGUUGUUGGACAUAUUGUUGAGACAAAUCAGGUUUCAGUAGCUCUUGAUGAUAAUUUAUAA